AUGAAUCGGCGUUGGGCUUUGCUUCUGAUGUCCGUUUGGGAUUUUGAUCAAGUCACGUGUAACGACUUGCCUCCAGCAAUCCGAUUACCACUUAUCGACCGGGCCGGCAGUACCUUUGACUUCAUACCACUCUCGGGAACAGAGAGCCAUGAGCAGGAACACUUUUCAAUGGCCGAGCCUCUGCCACUGUUUCCCAUUUCUGCUGGGGGAACAAAGGACGACCGGAAUCGAUAUGAAGGCCAUUUUCCAGACGCUAGUACAGGACCAUCAACCACCCUUGGCGAACAUCGUGCAAACAAGUAUCUUCCAGAUCUCUCCGCCAACAAUGAACAGCAGUCAAGCCGUGAAGAGAUUCUGUCACUGUUUCCUCUCGCUCCUGGGGGAGCAAAAGAUCUUCGCGAACGAGUAUGGAACACUCCCGCCGAGCAAGGCCAUCUUCAAAACAGUCCAGGAGCAAGCAACCGCGAAAACCCCAGCUUACCGAGCUUGACAACUCGACGCGACACAGCCAGGCUGAAUUUAGUUAACCACCAAGGACCAAGCCAGACGUCUGGGAAGGAUCUCCAAACCGGCGCGCCUAUGGAUUUGAUAGCUGAAACGCCUCCCCGUGAUUCGAAAAUGACGGCGUUCAACCCUCCACCGGGCUCUCCUGCAACGUCAAAAACGAGGGUUGAACAAGAAGAAACAAGACCAUCUGUCCAAAGUCUCGCUGAGGCAGGCCAUGUUCCGACCCCCGGAUCUAUCAACACCGUCGCCCCUGAGGAAGGAACAGACAGCCAGAAACGAUUUCGAGAUAUAGUUUCUGAGGCAGACCAUGAUCGCAAACGUCUGAAGUACACCGGAUCAUUCAAUGAUCUGUGUAUUGAAAAUCUCUUCGCCGCAGAUAGAUGGUGGCCACCCUCCGAUGGAAGCCGCAGCUUUUGGCCCUGGACCUCGGAUUCUCGGAAUCUAGAAAUAGCUGGCGCGCCUAUGAAUUUAGCAGUUGAAAGGGCGCCUCCCAGCGAUUCUGAAAAGACAGUCACAUUUUGGAACCAACUGUCAAAGCAAACUCUCGAGUGGAAGCGGCCAAUGGAGAGCGAACAAGCUAACCUUGCUGCGUAUUUCAUGGCGAUUCACUUCAAACUAGCACUGUUGAACAUUCCCAGUCAGUUUGAGUUGGAAAAAUUACAUGAAUCCCAUCAUAUCUUGAUACCGUUCGCGUAUAGAUUACUGAUGAAACCGCUGAGUAUCGAGAUCUGGGGAAGGAUCCUUGUGGUGUGGCGCAACCUGUGGCACGAGGAAAGGGAGAUUGUAAGGCCAAGUGCAACUAGGAAACGGUCGACCGAUGAAGUCUUGAAGAAGUUUCUGUGGAUCUCCAAUUUCAUCUGUGAAACAACAAUCCCCGAACUAUUUAGGGACUCAUCCGCCGGACUCCCAGACUCGUCCCGUUUCCGACAAGCGACAAGCAAAAUUAUAAAGAUAUUAUCGGACGGAAGAGUAGAGACCAAAUCAGUAUUAAUUGGCCCGCGGGAAUCGGGAAUACACCACGUGAGAGGACAGAUGGUUAAAGAGCUCGGUUUGGUGAAUAGAAAUUCGGAGGUCGAGUCGGAGUCAGAGCGUUUAAUGCGGAAGUCGGUCCUGGAUGCCAUGGCGGCACAAGCAGAUCCAAUCACCCCCGAUGCUGCGGCAGUCAAGAAGGUACCAACGAGUGACCUGUUCGACAAGAAUAGCUGGACUACAAUCAUAAAGCUAUCCAACGGAGUGGCACCCCAUGCACCAUGCCUCUACAUGCGUAGAAUGCCGCGAGAACUCAAGCCAAACCUCAAAACUCUCUUCGCAAGGGUUCACUUUGACUAUGCAGCCGACCUUCGCGGGUCUCCGAUUCCUAGCUUAAAAAUGGACGAGCUCAUCAGUUUUGAUCGGCAGUUCGGUGUCCCCAUCGGUCCUGAAAGUGUCCCUCAAGACCAAGUUGCACAUCUCCCCAAUCCUUCUCCUUUUUUGCCCCAAAGAAUAAAUCGUUGGUUUCAUCAUAAAUUCGUCGAAAUCCUCCAGGCUGAGAAAUAUGGAAUGGUCAUCAAGAAAUCACAACCUCGGAAAAAUUAUAGAAGAAAAUCUAUUGCCUUCACCUCGCGGACAUCUGCACCUAAAUCUCAAGCAUUAGGUUCCUCUUGA